AUGAACGACGGUCAAGGAAAUGUUCCGUCCAGCUCAAAUCAGAUGACUCUUGUCCAGAACCAGGUCGUGGUGUCCCCAGAUGCUUACAGGAUGAACAUGGAACAGGUGCGGAAGGCCAGGGAGUACCUCGAUCGUGUUACGCAGGGGUUGGAUGCUGGUCUACAAAACUAUUGUCUGCGGGAGCAGGAGCUACAGCGCCAGAUUGAGGCAGGUCGUCAGGCAGAAAUGUUGCUAGUCCAGAUGAAAGGACGACAGAACAACGGUGCCCCGGACGGUGUGUCGGACGCAGGGGGAAGUACUAGUGCUCAUCCGUGGCCUGCCUCUGCAUCGAUACCUCUGCAGCACCCUCCUAGCAUGAAUGGGCCGUCCAACAACUCUCAAUCCAUGGGGGCUAAGGUCCAGGUGGCUCCCCUCGCCUCAAGUUAUCCACAAACCCAAGCUGCCCAACCGCCAACCAUGUCGUAUAGUGAUUGGGUGCAUAUCCAUCAGCAACAGCAGCAACAGCGGCAGCAGCAACAACAGCAACAGCAACAACAGCAACAGCAACAACAGCAACAGCAACAGCAACAGCGACAACAGCGACAACAGCAACGACAAGGUGGCCCAUCCGGCGUAUAUGCUCAACCAAAUCCUUACGCAACUACAACGGCUCAAACAUCAAAUUUUCAAAUUAACGCGAACCGAGUUUCUGGUCCCAAUCAGCGUCGUGGGAGCUUACCCAAUGGCGUCCAGCCAUCACAAGCAGCACCUGGAGGCGAAAGAAUUGCUCGUUCUCAGAAGACUUAUGCCUCCCAGAGUAGGCCGACGGCGGUGCUCGCACCAGAGACGAUCUACUAUGAGAUUCUCGCUAUUACUAGAAUACUCAGGCUAGAACAAGUCAAAUAUGUUGUGGCCAUAGUUUGUCAAAAGCUGCGAUACAAGUAUCCACUUGGCACGAUGGAUCUCGAAGCAAUCCUGGGAUCUAAACCUGAGCAGAGUACCAGAAAUCAGCAGCAGUAUGAACAAAUUGGCACAUACAUAGCAUCAAAAUUGAAGGCUUGUGCUGAUGUCAAUGGUGAUGUUAUAUUGCAGCUACUCAGAAGAGUGGUGGAUACUUCUAAAAAUACUGUUUUACCACCACUUCCACAGUCAGAGGCAUCUUCCUCUGGCACAUCAAUUGGUGUAGGGAGUAUCCCAGUUACCCAGCUGUCUUCUUCAGUCAUCCCACAUGGCCAUCAGCCUGAGCAGAGCAACAAUGCCUCUUCUUUGGCUUCUGCAUUCCCACUUGCUGCUUCAGUGAUCCCUGUGCAACAUCCUGCUCAGACUGAUACUUUAAGGCCUGUUACCAAAUUUGUAGAAGGAAUGUCUCAACAGCAAGCUCAGCCACCUAGUGAAAGCCUCAUUCCUCAGUCCUCUACUCUGAUGACACCUCCACAAGUGGUUGCAGCUCCUGAAACUGCACAGAGUUCAUGGACACCAGCUCAAGCCAACAAGACACGUCUCGCACAAGACAUCAUGCGCUCGUUAGGCCGUCCGACUUAUGUGUCCACCGCAUUGAUUCCCGCGACGCCCACCAAGAAUUCAGCGGAGGUCACAAAGCGAAAGCGGUCGUUAUCCAUAUCUUCAUCACCGGCCGAGAAGAAGCAGAAAUUUGAGGGUAACGCUGCGUCGACCGAAGUCGAGGAGAUAAGCACUGACGGUGCCUUGGAGCUUGCGGUGUGGCAGCGCGUAAACGUCGAGAACGCGGAGGGGCUGGAGUUGAGCUCGGGCAGCAGCACCAAUCGGCAUCCAGUGGAAGUAGAUGCGACAGGUUCUGGGCACCCAACGAACGAACAUACGGCAGGAUCAAGUAGUCUUGCCGAUGCGCUGAAUGUGAACAAGGUGGUGAUUCCGGGUCUUGAGACCGACUUGCCGGGGUUCCCUAUACCUGAUAUGCCUAUCUCGCUGGAACUUGGAUCGCUUCCUACGGAACAGAGCGCACAUAAUGCUGACGGCGUGCAGAUUGCAUCUGACGCGGAGCUGUCAGUGCCUAACAUGGAUACAUACAACGCUAUUCAGUCGUCAUCGAUGCCUCAGAGUCCAGCGACUGGGCCACCCUCGUCGCGAGUCUCAUCACCAGAGAAUACACAAUUCACGGAUAUCGAAAUAAAGUCAGGUACCUCAACGAUGAAGACGCCGCUCUUCCUGCCCUCGCCUGCAAGUUCACCUGGACGAUCACUAGAUGAGGCAAAGUCGAGGAGUCUGGAUGAUGGAGACGUUACUGCGAAUGGUUUUGUGCUCCAUACGGAUCUGCUUAGUAGUGCUUCCGUUGCGACUGAAGGUCAAUCAAGAGCAGAGGCCAGGUCGAAGGGCAAAGGGAAGAUGGUUUUGCGUGACGUAGAAGUCAUGAUUCCGAAGCGACAGCUAAGCGCGAAAUUAUCCAAGAGUACUAAGGCCAUACAACGUAGAGGCAAAGACGAUGUGUACGUGUCCAUACCACCUCCCCCGUCAUGGGUGCAAAGGGUAAAGACAUGGGAGACGGGAAAGAUGAAGCAAGCAUUAGAGCAGAUUGAUGAUGAUAGUAAUGCUGGUAACGAAGCUGCGGACGACGAGGAACAAAGGAAGGAAGAGCAGUUGCAACAGGAAGCAAUUCAACUCUCGCACACACGUUUACGCGAGUUAACCUGUCGCUGGCGGGGUUGUGAAGCAACCAUGAAUUCUGCAGGGAAGCUGAUGCAACAUGCAGCCCUCCAUGCAUGCGACAAGGAUGACCCGUUCAUGUGUGAAUGGCAAGGAUGCGCACAUACGUUUAACUAUAAGACCGACCUUUUACAUCAUCUACGAAGACAUGCGACACAUCCCAUGUACUGUGCGUAUGAGGAUUGUGAUCGAUCAUUUGCAUCCUCGAAAGAGCUACUCCAGCAUCAUAGAUCAUACAGACAUAAAGGACAAUCUGUUCGGACGACAUCAGAACUGCUUAGUAGCUCAAAUGCUGCGACAUUACCUCCUCUUCCAGAGGAGGUUCCAUCGUCUAUGAUGGAAGAAAGGCGAGUAUGCCAGCAUCCAAUGUCAAGACGUGUACACCAAUGGCUAUCCGCCCAGGUUCUUGAGAAUAUCUCGUCAUAUAAGUUUUUCGGACGACGACAGUACGCAGGCGCGCCUACACGGUCCUCUCGGCGGCUCGCACAAGCUAUCGAAGCUGUUGAGCAGGGCGGUGCGGACGCGGAGGAGCGUCUCGAACUCGUGCGUCGGAUGCCACACGACGAGUACGAAAACAUUGCACGCGGAAGACCCCUCAAGGCGUCGCAACGUUGCGAUGAUGUGCCCUCGGAUGAGGCGACGGAUAUGUGCGCCCGCGGGCUUGUGCUGUUCCCGCCACUUGGCCUCGACAUGCGUGCCAUGCUCGAUGACUCGGACGCCCCAGGCUUAGAUCUGAACAGUGGCAAAGCGAAAAGCGAGCCCAAUGAGUUGCAUGGAGCGGACAAUGCUGGAGAGUUAAAUAGGAUGGGCAGUGGACUGAACGAGUCUAGUGUGAUGGAUGUUGAUGCAGCCGAGCCGGUAGCAAGUGGCAGUGGCCUCAUUCGCGAUGAUCACCGGUCGCAAGGUGAACUGCAAAAUAGGCCUGAAGCGGACUUGGUAGGCGUUGUCUCUCCACGCCGCUCGGCGGAUGAUCCUCAACCUGCUGAGCUGUCUAGGGAUGAGGAUGCGGUAGAGUCGCUUUUAUGA